AUGCGCCUUCUACAAUCCAAAGGUCACGACUCCUUCAGCCUCACCGACUUUACCGGCUUUGAUAUUCCCAGCUAUGCUAUACUCUCGCAUACCUGGGGAGUCGAUGGUGAAGAAGUCACCUUCGAAGACUUAAGACACGAUACAGGCAGAAGCAAAGCUGGGUACGAAAAGAUCAAGUUCUGUGCAAAACAGGCUGCGAGCGAUGGAUUGCAAUAUUUCUGGGUGGAUACUUGUUGUAUCGACAAAUCUAGCCUUGUUGAGCUCCAGCACGCGAUCAACUCUAUGUUCAAAUGGUACCAGGAUGCAGCCAGGUGCUACGUGUACUUGCCCGAUGUACACACUAUUGAGGAUGACUACGAAGCUUUUCGGACAAGUCGAUGGUUUACUCGAGGCUGGACGCUCCAAGAACUUAUUGCUCCCACAUCAGUCGAGUUCUUCUCUAAACAGUGCUACCGACUUGGUGACAAGAAGUCACUAAAUCAACAAAUCCACGAGAUAACCAGGAUCCCUAUUUCAGUUCUUCGAGGAAGCCCUCUGUCUCAGUUUACAAUUGAUGAACGAAUGUCGUGGGUCGAGCAUCGUGAGACCAAAUAUGAAGAAGAUAAGGUAUACUCUCUUCAAGGCAUUUUUGACGUCUAUAUACCGCUCAUCUAUGGCGAAGGACGGGAGAGGGCGUUGGUCCGGCUUCAGAGGGAGAUCCAGGGCUAUUCGAAAGCAUUGAGCCGGGCAGAAGAUCUACCCACUCCUUCGUCUACCGUCCCUUUCCGACGCGAUCCGAAUUUUGUUGACCGUGGAACGAUCCUGGACGAUAUCAAGCAGAAGUGUGAAGUUUCAAAUUCGAGGACAGCGCUUCUUGGACUAGGUGGCAUUGGAAAGUCGCAGCUUGCUAUCGAAUACGCCUACAGAGUCAGGGACCAGGCACCCGAGACAUGGAUCUUCUGGGUGCACGCGAGUAAUGCUGGUCGGUUUGAACAAAGCUAUCGGAACAUUGCAGAUAAAGUGAAGAUCCCGGGUCGAGAUGAUCCGAAGGCGAAUAUCGUGAAACUUGUCUACGACUGGCUUCAGAACGAAAAUAAGCAGAAAUGGUUCCUCAUCCUAGACAACUUUGACGACGCCACUUUUCUUGUUCAGGCUCAGGGCACUAGCGUUGCAGCACAAAGUAGCAGCCGCAUUGCUACAAGCUCGCAACCCCUCUCAAACUACCUUCCCCAGGCGGAGAAUGGGUCGAUACUCAUCACUACACGAAAAAGAGACGCAGCCCUAACCUUGCUAGAAGAAAGCGACAUCCUCACCGUUGGUCCGAUGGACACAAAAGACGCUGAAUUACUGUUCACAAAAUCGAUACAGGUAAGAGAGAAUAGUAAAGACGUUGCUCAUCUUGUAGCAUUGCUUGAGCUUAUACCGCUCGCUAUCGUCCAAGCGGCAGCAUACAUCAAUCAGAUGGCGCCACGAUAUUCAGCACGGCAAUAUAUCGAAAAGUUUCAAAAAAGUGAUAAAGACAAGACGAGUCUACUUAACUAUGAAGGCGGACAUCUCCGUAGGGACUGGGAGGCCAAUAACUCUAUACUGAUAACUUGGCAACUGUCAUUCGAACAUGUGCGUCAGACACGGCCAUCCGCAGCCAAUCUGCUCUCACUUAUGAGCUUCUUUGACCGACAAGGAAUUCCCGAGUUUCUGGUUCAUAGCCUAGACACAGUAGAAGAAAAGGACAAAAGCCACGUAAUUUUCGACAGAAAUAAUGGAGAUGACCAGGAUACCUCGUAUUUAGGAUCAGACUUUGAGAGUGAAGAUCAGUUUGAGAGUGAAGAUCAGUUUGAGAGUGAUAUCCUGACGUUACGAAACUAUUCUUUCAUCUCUACCAGCGUGGAUAGUGCCACAUUCGAAAUGCAUGGACUAGUACAGUUAGCGACCCGAAGAUGGCUUCAGAAGUACGGCCAGUAUGAGAGUUGGAAGCAAAAGUAUAUAAAGAAACUCUCUGAGGAAUUUCCAUUUGGAGAGCAAGAAAAUUGGUCAAAAUGCUUGUCUCUCUUCCCACACGCAAAAGGGGCGAUAACACAGAAGCCAAAAAGAAACGAUUCGAUCGAAGAAUGGGCUAUGUUACUAUACAAUGCGGCAUGGUAUGCCUGGAGGAGAGGUAAUAUCGCUGAUGCAGAGACGUUCUCCGUGAAAUCAAUGACGGCCAGAACUAAGUUGUUUGGUGUGGGCAAUGCAAAAACGCUAAGGAGCAUAGGCAUGGUAGGCCUAGUGUACAACCUUGGGGGACGCUGGAAGGAGGCCGAGGACUUGGGGGUGCAAGUGAUGGAGAAUAGUUUAAGCGUGUUGGGCCAGGAGCAUCCAGACACGCUGGCUAGCAUGGCCAACCUGGCUUCGACAUACUGGAACCAAGGACGUUGGAAGGAAGCCGAGGACUUGGAGGUGCAGGUGAUGGAAACGAGUUUGAGUGUGUUAGGCCAGGAGCAUCCAGACACGCUGACUAGCAUGGCCAGUCUGGCUGCGACAUACCGGAAUCAAGGACGUUGGAAGGAGGCCGAGGACUUGGAGGUCCAGGUAAUGGAGACGAGUUUGAGAGUGUUGGGCCAGGAGCAUCCCUCUACGCUAUACAGCAUGGCUAACCUAGCUUCGACAUACCGGCUUCAAGGACGUUGGAAGGAGGCCGAAGACUUGUUUAUUCCAGUAUUAGAGACGAGAGCGAGAGUGCUAGGCCCCGAGCAUCUAGAUACACUGACCAGCAUAGCUAACCUAGCUUCGACAUACUGGAAUCAAGGACGUUGGAAGGAGGCCGAAGACUUGGAGGUGCAGGUGAUGGAGACGAGAAAGGGAGUGCUAGGCCAGGGACAUCCCUCCACGCUGAAUAGCAUGUCCAACCUAGCUUCGACAUACUGGAAUCAAGGACGUUGGAAGGAGGCCGAAGACUUGCUUGUACAAGUAUUAGAGACGAGAGCGAGUGUGUUGGGCCAGGAGCAUCCCUCCACGCUGACCAGUAUGAAUAACCUCGCCUUCGUAUGGCAAAGCCAAGGUAAAAACAAAGAAGCAUUAGCACUAAUGGAGGGAUGUGUUACAUAUCAGACGAGCUGCCUCGGCCUAAAUCAUCCCCAUACGCAAUCUUCAAUUAUGGCUCUUCAUCAGUGGCGUGAAGAAAGCGCCGGGCAACAGUAA